AUGCAUUCAACCAGAAUUCAUAAAGUAAUCGAUCAAAUGAUUUCUUUCUAUCGUGAUAUCGGGCUUUGGCAUGGCGAAGACAGACCUUCAAUUGGUCAAUUUGGACGGAAGUUAUGCUAUUGCAUCUACUAUCUGCUUUUUAUCAUUUCAUUAUGGACUGGAGCAACUACAGUGGAAACCGUAGAUGAAAGUAUUUUCAUUGCGCAAAUAUCAAUAGUUGCCUCGGUUCUGAAUAUUAAAAUUUGGAUGUUGCUUUGGAAACAGAAACAAAUUAUGGGAUUGCUCAAUCAAAUUUGUGUCUUCUCAAUUCGGAAUGAUGAAGACUUCGCAUUUUUCAAUGACAAAGUGGAAAAAUUCAUCAAGUUUGCGAUUGCAUUUGCAUGUGCUACUGUCGUUGGUACAUUGGGAUGUUCGAUUGUGCCAUUUGUUGGAAACCAGAAAUCACUUAUUUUGGAUAUUGCGUUUCCAUUGGAUUGGAAAAAUAGUGAAAUCGGGUUUUGGUUGGCGUACAUUUUCUUUGUUUCAAGUUUGAUUGUUACAUUUCCUGCAAUGGCAUUUUCCGUUCUAAUUUGGUAUUUAUUGCUGCAUUGUACCAUAAGAUAUCAUGUUCUAGGAAUGGAUAUCACUAAUUUGGGACGAAUCACAGUUAAGGAAAAAAUGACGGAAAAGAAACGGCAGGCCAUUUUUUAUCAGGACUUAGUGGCGUUGAUCGAAGCUCACCUACAUUUAAGGGGAGUAAUCGAUGAACUGGAAUCAUUUUUAUCAAAGCUUUUUCUAUUGCAAUUCGCCACUAGUGGCCUCUGUAUUUGCGGUUCAAUUUAUUGCUUGGCAUUCGAUAUUAGUUCCAACUUUGUGGAGCGCAUAGUUCACGUCUACACGUUUUUCUACAACAUCGCUGAAUUGUUUAUGAUAACGUACUUCGGAAAUGAAAUUAUGUUGUCAAGCAGUCACCUUAUGUACAGUUUAUUUGAAUGCGACUGGAUCGGACAACCGCAUUCAACUAUUAAAUGUAUAAUCACUUUUGGUGAAUAUCUGAAGCAAUCGCAUGAGAUUUUAAUCGGUAAAUUGUAUCCAUUGACCUUGGAAACGUUCACUAGGAUUACGAAUUCGUCUUACAGCUUGUUCAACAUUUUAAAAAAUGCCAAAGAAUAG